CAGGCUCGUACGUGCAGUGCGUUCGGUACGGUGCAGGUGAAUACAUGUGCUACUGGUGGUCUGGUCUUGCCAGUCGAGGAGAAACCAACGGAGAGAAAGAGAAAUACACGGAUUUUCCUCGGAAACCAUGACGUCCAACAACAUCGUCGUGUUGUGCGCGUUGCUAUUAUGCGGCACGAUAGGUACCGAAGCGAUACGAUGUUACCAAUGCAGCUCCGACACCGAUCCGAAGGGCGAGGACAUUUGCGGCGCUUACACGAAAUUCGACAGGGAUAGGAACGUGCCGAUCGAAUGUAACAGCGAGGAGUCUCAUAUGCCGGGCACUUUCUGCGUGAAGUUGACCGAGCAGAGCUCGCGUGGUUUCAUUUGGGACGGUAGGUGGCGGCAAGUGAUUCGACGAUGUGCCUCCGUCGCCAGCACCGGAGUGACAGGAGUCUGUAACUGGGGCGUCCGCGAGAACGGUGUUUUCUGGCAAGAGUGCUACUGCUCCGAGGACUCGUGUAACGCCGCGUCCAGCUUGUCGCUCGCCACGCUGCUCAUGACAACGUGCGCCGCCACCGUUGUGUUGUUUUAUUUUAAAAGAAUAUCGCAAAUCAUGAACAUGGUCGCGGAUAGCGGACUGACGCGUUUUGAAAUGUUUUUGUUCGUGGCGAGGUUGACUUGCGUCACAGCGAUCGGCUUCUUCAGCAUGAAGUGGGUUAUGAAUCAAUUGGAUCCCAACAGUACCAGCAAGAAGCGAGCUAAGAAAAAGGCUCGCGAGCAGUUGCGCAAAUUGGCUGAAACUGACAAUCACGCGCGAUCCUUUGAUUUAGAGCAGCUAACUGAUUAUGAGGCAAUAAUAGCUACUCACUUAGUAGAUCCAAAUGACAUCAAAGUGUCAUGGAACAACAUUGCUGGUUUGGAGCAUGUCAUUCGAGAGCUCAAAGAGACUGUCAUAUUACCCAUCGAAAGGAAGGAGCUAUUCGAGGAUUCUCAGCUGACGCAAGCACCUAAGGGAGUAUUGUUGCAUGGCCCACCAGGUUGUGGCAAAACCAUGAUUGCAAAGGCUACCGCCAAAGAGACAAAGACACGCUUUGUAAACUUGGAUGUCAGCAUCCUAACUGACAAAUGGUAUGGGGAAAGCCAAAAAUUAACCGCUGCUGUUUUCUCUUUAGCGGUGAAGCUUCAGCCUUGCAUCAUCUUCAUCGAUGAGAUCGAUUCGUUCUUAAGAGUGCGUAAUACGCAAGAUCAUGAAGCUACGGCGAUGAUGAAGGCUCAGUUUAUGUCGUUGUGGGAUGGUUUGAUAACCGAUCCUUCAUGUACCGUAAUUAUAAUGGGAGCUACUAACAGACCACAAGAUUUAGAUAGGGCAAUUCUGCGGCGUAUGCCGGCGACUUUCCACAUUGGUUUGCCGAAUGAGCAACAACGGUUAGAUGUUCUGAAGUUGAUUCUGCGGAACGAACCGAUAGCCGAUAACGUGGAGAUCUCGACAUUGGCGAAACAAACGGAAGGCUUUUCCGGCUCGGAUCUACAAGAACUUUGUCGGAACGCGUCCAUCUAUCGUAUCAGAGAUUACCUACAUACGCACGAUGGGUCCAAUUCGUCGCAUACUACGGACGAUGAAGAGUAUCACGAUGCAGUGCGGCCCAUUACGAUGGAGGAUCUGCUGAAGUCGUUCAAAAACAUGCGAAUGUCGAAAUUACACACAGGCAUAUUUUGCACGGCGAAGCCGCCGGACUUAGAUUAAAAGAGGAAAAGUCGGAAAUGUCCUAUUGUAUCGCAUUAGUUGUCUAUGAGUUCUGACGGUUUUUCACGUUGUUUUAAUUAGCAACGUGAGAUGCUAUUUUGCAAAUUUCCUUCCGGAUCAUCAAUAUCGAGAAAUUUUUAACAGUUUUGUCCAACGAUAUGUCGGGGUAGCAUGAAAAAUUAUAAUUUAGUUAGUAUCCCAAUUAUACUUACAAUUUCACGAUUAAAGCAAAAGACAUUGCAUAAAUACAUUUUUUAAUGAGAUAAAAUAAAGUUACGCGGUAAAGAA